GGGCCAGUAACACUACGAACCAGGACUUUGACUGGUACACCACAGCCAGUCGGAGCAGGUAGCAUACUUUCGGGCGCUUUUCUGGUGCAUAGUUUCUCGUCCCCUGACCCCCCACCCAACUCCAUCUAUCGGCGAAUACUUCUUAUUGGAUUUUUUCAUCUUUUCGUUGCUACAAGUGCCGUGAAAAGUAGUGAUUUUCGUGGUUGAGUUACGGUCGGUUCGCGUUUGGAACAGUGUGAUCCGAAACGAAGUGUGUUGGAUGGUUUUUGCGGAGUGCUGAAUUUCGGACCAGUGGAUUACGGAUAUUCUUCUCACCUCCGGCAUAUAUGAAAGUGGAUUAUGAAUGUGGACUAAAUCAAUUAAUAUCGAGGUGAUAGUAAUCUGCUUCCUGUCGAUCAUACCAUGGCCCGGUCCGAGCGUGUUCAAGAUAUCCUGCUCGCGGGACAGCUCCCGCGUGGUGCGCAAGAUAGUCCAGUCGAAAUGGCUGCCGAUCCUGGAAAAGUACCAGGUCAAACUGCCGCUCGAGUGUCCGUUCCAUCCGCUGCGGGACAUUUUCGGUCCGCAGCAAACCGCCAAAAAGCAGCACCGGCCGAGCCAGUGGACGUGCGGCUUCUGUGGUAAGAGUUUCUUCGAGGAGAAGCACCUGGACAUGCACUUUGAGCACCGGCACAAGGGGAACAUCAACAUGGCGGAGGACGCCAUCUGCCUGGCCGACUACUGCGACAUGAUGCGGUGCGAGGUGCUGAUCGCCAAGGACGCCACGCUGUCGUUCGGUGUCGACCCGAACAUGAUGUCCACCGACAUCGAGGUGUGGAGCGAAUCGACGGCCUACCGAACGGCGCUGACCACGUCCGGUCCGCGGGAUCUGGCCAAGGUGCCGGUGCGGAAAUCGUUGCUUCCAAAAAUACUCCAAACCAUCAAGAACGACAUCCUGAACGAGCGGAAGCCGAUGAGUUCGGCACUUAGCGCGGCGAAGGCCCCGUCCAACUGUGAUGUGUCGGAGCAGAGGAAGGGCGAGGGCGGGAAACGAACCGAUGCUGAAGACUCCAAUGAUAAUUUGGUGGAAGAUGACGACGACGAGGACGAUGAAGAUGAGGACGAUAUUGAUGAUGAGGACGACAGCGACAGCAAUACGACGUCGCAGUGUGACCAGAAUCUGGUUGAUUCGUCACUUCCACCCGUUGACCGGAAGCAGCAACGGCUGUCGGAGAUGCAACGAAUGAAAGCAAACUGCAAGAGUGAAGAGCUUGAUCAGCUGAAGACACGAUGUGAAAUUAUGGUGCGAGACUGCAUCGUUGGUCUGCUGGUGCAGCUGUCCUUGGAGGACUUUAAGAGUAUGGAGGAAGAGCUGAACCGAGCUGUUUGUUGGUAUCUGACCUGUGAACGGUACUGGGAAGAUGGACCGUUAGAUCAGCGAGCUUUCCCUUGGGGUUUGGUGUUUGCCCUCGUCAUGGUACUGUCGCUGGGAGUUUGCUUAUGCUACUACAUCAUUUGGAUACUGUUCGAUGAAGACCACAGUCCGAUCGGAAGUCAACAAAUUACGGCCCAUCCGAGUCCGACGCACGGUCGCCACUACCUGCAGCCCCAGACGACCGCCAGCAUCUACCACCUGCAGGACGGUGGCCACUCCGCGACCAGUCUCAACAGUUUGAGCCACGCAACGUCGUCGGGCGUCGUCUCCAGUGGCAUUGACCUGCAGCACACGCCCCAAAUUCACGCUACUCAGGUGCAGUACGGGGACGAGGGCGGGUACGGCUAUUCCGGUGGACCGGGUGGUAGCGGGUCCAUCAUGGCCGACGGAACGCACUCGGGCGGCGUCGGUGGCAACGGGCCCAACACCGAGUUUAGCGAGCUGGGCCAAAGCGAACACUACAUCUACGUGACCUAUCCGCCAGAACUGAAACGAAGACUACUGGAAAGGAAUUCAACAUCCUAUCUCUAGCCUCAAAUUCGAACCAUAACACCUACUACAACUACCACCACCACCAUACCACUACUAAUCACACUCAUACCGUGGGUGGUAUGAGGAAGAGGAUUCUCGCCGGUAUGCCUGAAAUUGCGCGCAUGCAGCACCACCUCUCUGAUCCCUCUCUUUGACUAACCAAAAAAAAAAACAAACCAAAGACCUUCUGAACCAACCUUCAUUGCCGAAUCAGUACCGUUUCCGAACAUCUCUGUCCCUAUCUGUUUUACGUGUGUACCGUCACCAUCCGAUAUUUAUACAUACAACAAUUAGUGCUCCACAACCCAACCAAAAAAAUUAAAUUCCGUUCAACUAGUUAGUAAAUCAAACAUUUUCUCGUUUCUUUUUUUCUUGUUUCAUUCAUUUUUUUCUUUUCUUCCUUUAGCUGCUACAAUAGAACGACCCGUCUAUGAUUGAUUAGAUUUGAAACACUCAAACUGUUUACUUUCGUAGGCUAAACCAAAAGAAAUUCAUUAGAACAGCUAAACAACAACUACAGUAGAUCACACUCAUUCAGGACCAUUGUCACACCCAAAUUACUAGCAGCAUGAAAGAGAGAGAGAGAUAAAGUUUGAGCUUAAAUAACAGGCAACAACAAACUAACACUGAGAGCAGUUACCGAAAUCGUAGAUCCUAAAUGUAAAACAACAAUUCAAAUGAUGAACAAAACACUAAAACUAGUAGAUGAUCUUGAUGCAAGAAACAAACAAAAAACCUAGAGAUUCACAACGAGAGUGCUUACGAAACUGAUGUUUUAAUGCCGAAAGAAUGUCUUCGUAGAAUACACAAAACUACUCUAAAGCCGGAGUUUAGAACAAUUUAUCGCGCAGCUGUAGUUCACACACUUAGCACGCUUUUAGUUUGUUACUUGAUUUGUAGUCGAAUUAAAGUGUUUCCCCUUUAAAAAACAGAACAGGUAAAUCCAGCUAGUGGAUUGAGUGGACUUUUGAUUUAGUUUUAUUGUUUACGCUAAUUUCAACAUUUAGAUAGUUUCACCAGAUCACCACUACAGUUAAGCCUGUGUAAAAACAAGUCAAACAGUAUCCUUAAUUUAUUUUAGUAACCUAAGACCAAGCCGCAUUCAGAGCGACAAGAGCAAUAUAAGUUACUUAACGAAAAGGCAGCCUUUGAUUCCCCGUACUAUGUGCAUCGUUUACCUUUAACUCUAUAAAGUACAAAACCAACCGCUAGAAGAGACGUUUCCCAUUACAGAAAACAAAUAAAAUACGAGAAUCGCUUUAAAAAUGCGUUAGUCAAACCUUUUUCUAAAUCUAAACGAAUAAUCGUGUUCGCAGGGACAGCCGAGCGCAACGUUUUCUUCUAAUAUCGCCCCCCAAACAACUCUAAGACGAAUUUUAUCGUUUAACUAAAACUAAAAUUUUCCAUUUUUACAUAAGACAAGUAAACUUGCGAACCAACACGUUGUGAGCGCGCGCGCCUAGAAGGUAAUGGAUAAUCAAUUUCUCACCCGUUUUUUGUACGAUAUGAACAAAUUUAAUGAAAUCACACAAGUUACACAACCGAUAACAGAGAUUCUACUAAGAAAUGCAUUUCCUUUUGCCCUCGUUAUACUUUUUGAAAAUAAAUAAAAUUUACUAAAAAAGAGAAAAUACAGAACAUGAAUCCUAAACAUGAUGCGAUAGUGAACUAUUUAGUGAUUUAGAUCAAUGAAGGCUAACCCAAUUCUAGUAUUAAUAUAAAAAAGGUAAAAGUAUUACAACAAAAAAAAGCGACUAUGGAUGAUCAGAUUCAGCAUCGUAAAAUAAACCAAAAUUUAUAAAAUAG